CGGAGGCUGGGGCCUGGCCACGGGGGCGCGCAGGGCUGCCGCAGAUCUGCCAGCACGUGAACUCCACCUCCAGGCUGGCUUGGCGCCCAGCGGUCGGGCUGCCGGUCUCCGCCCAGCUCCAGCGCCGCUUCAGCUCUUGGCAUAGUAAUCUCAGUUCCUGAUCGCGCAGAGCUGGCUCCAGGCUGCAGCGGACCGAGACAUGCCCACCAGCAUCGGUGUGGCCGAGCCAGGGCUGGGAAGACACGUGCGACUGGAAGCCUAGCGCUGCGCAGGCAACGGCCCAGCCAGCGACAGCCUGCCAGAGCAGGCCAGUUCUUCAGAGGGCUCAUCCCUAUGUCUUCCCCCUGAGUUCUGCCUACUUCCCGGUGAAAACGUACGUGGGGGCAGACACUGGAGUGCUCUUGGAGAGAAGUCCCAUGGGGACUGUACCUGACCCUCUGAGAGUGACUAAAGCCUCCAUGGUGGCAACUUCUGGAAAGGAAGAAGGUCGAGGAGAGCUGCAGAGUGUCUCGCCACAACAGGCUCAGCCGGAGAAGAAUGCCAGUGGCAUCAUCGGCAAUGCCCGGGCUGAGCUCAGCCUCAGGCUCAGUGCAGCUGCUGAGACCAUGAUGCCAGCUUGUGUACAGGAGACCAGCCAGCAAGACAUGGCAUCUCCUGGUGUUCUACAUGAGGUGGCCCAAGUGUCUCCCACACACAACACUCCUGAUGACCCCCAGCUGCAAGGAAGCAAGGACCUGGCAACACCAGGCCCGGAUCCUACUGCAGAAGAACUUACAUCUGCACCAGUUUUAAUGCCAGCUGUUCAGCACGCUCACCGUGCUAUCCUACAUGGCCUGACAAAUACUAGCACCUGUCUAGUACCUGAAGAUUCCUUGGUGGAGUCCAAGGCAAACUCAAACAGUGAGAAACCUGAGAAGCCAAGCUGUCCCAGCAGGGCCACCUGUUCCAGCAGCAAAAGUCAAAUGCUCUGUGAUGUUCCUUCUUCUGACAAGAUGGAGGGAAUUGUACAGGCUUCAGAGCCAGCAAUGGGGGUUCACUUGUCCCCUUCUGCAGACAGACCUGACCGGCAAGAGCAGAAAGUCAACAGUAACACCACAGUGGGGUCCAGUGAACUUGUAGCAAGAGGAGGAUGCUCGCAGAUCAAACAGCCCUCUGCUCCUGCAAAGCUUCCCCCAUCCUCCAUCCCCAGCGGAGAUCCCACAUGUUCUCCAGAUGCAAAGAAGGUACCGCUGCCAGUGCAGCAUCCGGUGUCAAGGUUCAAAGAAGCCAGUACAAUGACCUGCCAGGCUGAAAGGGAGACUAAGGAGGUCCCUGAAAGAGCUUGGCAAGAUGCCGAGGUGCAGGCAGUGGCGAGUGUGGAGAGCAGGUCUGUCUCUACUAGCCCCAGCAUCCUCCCGGCAUUCUUAAAGGAAAUCCCCACUCCUGAGCAGGAGAACGGGCAAGAGCAGCUACGUGUAGUUUGCCACGGUGAAGGCAGUGGAGGCCACUUGCUGGAACUCUCUAACAGCAUGGUAGACCCACAGGAGUCAAGGCAGAGCAUUGGCAUUGUGCCACAUGUACACAUCCAGCCAGCUGCUGCCACUCCUGCAGCUUUCCAGGGGAAAGGCAAACCAGACAACCAACCAAGGGAAGCCUUUAAAUCCUCACUGACAGCCUCCAUUCAGAACCAGGAUACAGAGAAAGAUGGGCAGUCUUCAGCAAGCCAAGAGGCAACCUCCAAGCAGCCUACCGGUACUAAUCCUGGCUCCCAGAAAGCUAGCCCCGUUGGGCAGAUUUCCCUCAUUGCUGGAAGUCAAGCUGAGAUAUGUCAUGGGUUGGGGAACUCUGAAACCAGGCCACCUGAAUUUGUAGUGAAAACUACCAAUGACCACAAAACAGGGCCAGACUGCAAACUACCUGACUUGCGCGGAGGUGUCAGUAAAGAUGGCCAGCGGGAGAGCUUGAACCCCACUGAUAACAGAGGUGCAAGGGAUGGGAAGCCCGUUUCUCCUCAUAUUGUCAAAGAGCACACACCUGGGACCACCUGCACACAAGAUGCCAAAACCCUAUUGCUAAAUCCUAAACCUCAAGAAAAUGAAGGUACAGGACCAGAGGCCAGCCUUGCACCCUCCCCGGGGAGGAAGAGCCAGCAGAAUACCUUGGAAGAACACAAACAGACCAAGACAGCCACGAGCCUGAGCCUGCCAUCCGAUGGCACAGGUGACUCGAGCCCAGGCUCUGGCAAGAGGACCCCUUCUCGCUCAGUCAAGGCCAGCCCACGAAGGGCCAGCAGGGUAAGCGAGUUCCUGAAGGAACUCAACGUGACCGCAGCUGCUGCCCAGGUGGGGCUCACACCUGGAGAAAAGAAGAAACAGGUGGGUGCAGACUCCAAGCUGCAUCUGAAACAAUCCAAGCGAGUCAGGGACGUAGUAUGGGAUGACCAGGGCAUGACCUGGGAAGUGUAUGGUGCUUCCUUGGACCCAGAGUCCCUGGGAAUUGCCAUCCAGAACCAUUUACAAAGACAAAUUAGGGAACAUGAGAAGCUAGUUAAAACACAAAGUGGCCAGACUCGAAGAUCUAUUUCCUCAGAUUCUUCUUCAAGUAAGAAGCUCAAAGGGAGACAGCAGGGCGUUCUGCAGUCCAUGCUGCAAAACUUCCGGCGCCCCAACUGCUGUGUCCGCCCCGCCCCGUCUUCUGUGUUGGACUGAGGAAACGGCGCUGCUAUAUGAAUUGUGGUAUUCCUUCUG